AUGUUCUACACCCAGUCCUCCAGCCUGAGCUCUGUGCUCUGCGCUAUGCUCGUCAUCUCCAAGCAGGCAGGUUUCACGACCGCCUCGCCCGUCCCAGAAACCCCUCUGUGGGCCAGAGCAUCCAAAGGCGCCCCACAAGCCCUGCCCCUGAAGGCCGACGCACGGUAUCUAAAGUUCCAGCCAUCCAUGGACUUUGACACCGACGGCUGCUACAACUGGCCAGCGAUCGACAAGAAGGGCACCGUGAGCGCCGGCCUCCCAUCCGGAACCACGGUGCCGGCACGCAGCAGCGGCUGCCGCGACCCGUCGGACCUGGACAACAACAACGUCUACGCGCGGCGCCGCUGCAACCGCGGCUGGUGCGCCUACAUGUACGCCUACUACUUCCCCAAGGACGUGGGCGCAUUCCUCGGCGCCGGCGGCCACCGCCACGACUGGGAGCACGUCAUCGUCUGGACAAAAUCCGACGUCGGCACCGGGGGCGCGUACAAUAACGAGGGCGUCAUGUACGUGGGCGCGUCGGAGCACGGCGGCUACGACGUCAAGCCGGUCGCCAAGGUGCGCAUGGAUGGGACGCACCCCAAGAUCGUCUACCACCUCGACGGCAUCCGCACGCACGCUUUUCGCUUUGCCGACGAGGACGACGAUGAGAUCGAAAACGCAAAGGGGGUUUGGUUCCGCGGCGACCUCGUCUCCUGGGAUGGGUUUCCCAGCGGCGUGCGCCAGAAGCUCCUCUCAGCUGAUUUUGGCAGCGCUCAUCUCGCGCUCAAGGAUGGCGACUUUACUCAGGACCUCAUCGAGACUAUGAACAUGAGCGCCAUGAAGUACGGUCCGAAGAAAGACGAGUUUGACUGUGCUUAUGACGAGCAGCCUGCGACUGGUUCAAAGUAG